UCCGCCGCGAGGCGGAAGGCUCGUGCCUCCGGGGCACGCCCCGGUGUAUAUGCCCCAGCAAAGCGAGGCUGGGCACUCAAACCGAUGCGUGCAGGAGUCUCUAAAGAACUACGGACACGUGAUGCUGCCAAGAGAACUUUCAAAGCAAGUACCAAAAACCCAUCUAAUGUCUGAAGAGGAAUGGAGACGACUUGGUGUUCAGCAAAGUCUUGGCUGGGUUCACUAUAUGAUCCAUGAGCCAGAGCCACACAUUCUUCUCUUCAGAAGACCUCUUCCAAAGGAUGAGCAAAAAUGAACUACCUUCUAGAAAUCUACUCCUAAAUCUUCUGGAACUUUAUGUAUAUGAGUGUAUAUAUGUUGGUAGUAUUCAGUGAAUACUUGAAAAUGUACAAAACAUACAUCCAUACCUGUGCAUGAGCUGUAUUAUUCACAGCAACAAAGCUCAGUCAAAUGCAAUUCCAAGUAGGCUGCUAUGGUGUUCAAAGAUUAAUGAAAUUUUCUUUACUGUUAAAGUGCCUAUUUGACUUUUCAUUGAAUUUUUGUUUAUUAAAGUUUACAUGUUGCAUGUUCUGACUAGAUGAUCACUUGUUACGUGUGUUCAGUAACUUUCACACUGAGCUUUUCUGCUAAACAGUGUAGCAUGUUCAAAUCCAAUGGCUCAUUGUUCAGUAGUAGGCAUAAAGAAAUAAACUAUUUUUAAUGCU